UGGGCCGCGGCGCCUUUAAGUGUCGCGGUGACACGUGUGUGAGGCGGCGGAGGCCCGGAUGGUGCGUGUGCGGGGCCCGGGCCGAGCGGACACCAGCGCUGUGGGCCUGUAGUCGGGCCCACCGAGGGCCGGGUUCUGAUACCCAUCCCGGGUGGCACGCUUGCAGCUUUGGUCAUUGAACAGGCCGGAGCCGAGGAGCAUGUGAAUUGGAAGGCCCAGCACCACACCUGCCCAUCUGCCCGAGCUCCUGACCCCACGCUCCCGCAGUGGCGUGCCCCAGUUCAGACCGUCCAGUGAUGCACCAUGCCAAUAGUUGAUAAGUUGAAGGAAGCCCUGAAACCUGGCCGCAAGGACUCGGCUGACGAUGGAGAGCUGGGGAAGCUUCUGGCUUCUUCUGCCAAGAAGGUCCUUUUACAGAAGAUCGAGUUCGAGCCAGCCAGCAAGAGUUUCUCCUAUCAGCUGGAGUCACUAAAGAGCAAAUAUGUGUUGCUGAACCCCAAAACAGAGGGAGCCAGUCGCCACAGGAGUGGAGAUGAACCACAGGCCAGGAGACUGGGCGGCGAGCACGGGUCUGAGGGCUGCGGUGAUGGUGUCCCCGCCCCGCAGAAAGUGCUCUUCCCCAUGGAGCGGCUGUCUCUGAAGUGGGAGCGAGUGUACCGCGUUGGUGCGGGCCUCCACAACCUCGGCAACACCUGCUUCCUCAACUCGACCGUGCAGUGUCUGACCUACACGCCGCCCCUGGCCAACUACCUGCUCUCCAGGGAGCACGCUCGGAGCUGUCACCAAGGAAGCUUCUGCAUGCUGUGUGUCAUGCAGAAUCACAUCGUCCAGGCCUUUGCCAACAGUGGCAAUGCUAUCAAGCCCGUCUCCUUCAUCCGAGAUCUGAAAAAGAUCGCCCGGCAUUUCCGCUUUGGGAACCAAGAGGACGCACACGAGUUUCUCCGGUACACCAUCGACGCCAUGCAGAAGGCCUGCCUGAGCGGCUGUGCCAAGUUGGAUCGUCAGACGCAGGCUACUACUCUGGUCCAUCAAAUUUUUGGAGGCUAUCUCAGAUCGCGUGUGAAGUGCUCAGUGUGCAAGAGCGUCUCGGACACCUACGACCCCUACUUGGACGUGGCGCUGGAGAUCCGGCAAGCUGCAAAUAUCGUGCGCGCUCUGGAGCUGUUUGUGAAGCCAGAUGUCCUGAGUGGAGAGAACGCCUAUAUGUGUGCUAAAUGCAAGAAGAAGGUUCCAGCCAGCAAGCGCUUCACCAUCCACAGGACGUCCAGCGUGCUGACGCUUUCCCUCAAGCGCUUCGCCAACUUCAGCGGGGGGAAGAUCACCAAGGAUGUAGGCUAUCCGGAAUUCCUGAACAUCCGCCCAUACAUGUCCCAGAGUAGUGGUGAGCCUGUCGUGUACGGGCUGUAUGCCGUCCUGGUCCACUCGGGCUACAGCUGCCACGCUGGGCACUAUUACUGCUACGUGAAGGCAAGCAAUGGACAGUGGUACCAGAUGAACGAUUCCUUGGUCCAUUCCAGCAACAUCAAGGUGGUUCUGAACCAGCAGGCCUACGUGCUCUUCUACCUGCGAAUUCCAGGCUUUAAGAAGAGUCCUGAGGGCUCCAUCUCCAGGACAGUCUCCUCCCUUCCCAGUCGCCCUGGUGUAGUUCCAGACCACGUCAGGAAGAACGUCGGCAACGGGACCGUUUCCUCCCCGCUGACUGGAAAGAGACUAGACCCUGCGGCGAUGAAGAAGCUGCAGAGCGUGGAGGAGCUAGGUGUGCCCGUUUCCAGGAAUGGCUCCGUGUCGGGCCCAAAGUCUCAGAAUGGAUACGCCCCUCCAAAGCCACCCUCGGGGUCCCCUUCCUCCAGACUCUCCAAAACACCCACACACCUGCCCACCAUUCUGGAUGAGCCUGGAAAGAAGGCCAAGAAGUCGGCUCCCCUGCAGCACUUCUCCCCAUCACCCAGAACUUCUCAGGGCUUCCACGGUACCAGCGACUCCAGCGGCGGCAGGUCUGAGAGCCACAGGCAGGCCUCCUGGGACGGCAGGAGCGCCGUCCUCCCUACCUCACCCAAGCUCCCGGCCGGAGUGACUGCCAACGGGCAUGGGCCCAAGGGGGGUGAUGAGAGCCCCGACCCGGAGAGGAGGGAUUCCAGCAGCUCCAGCCCAGAGCACUCUGCCAGCAGUGGCCCCGCCAAGACCCCCCAGACCCCCAGGAGCGCAGCUGCCCACUUCUGUGAUUCUCAGGGAACAAACUCUUCUGCCGCUGGCCCCUCGAAGGUGCUGCUCGACGGAGAAGGCGCAAAGGUGGUGAAGCCCAAGUCCCCCGUCCUGAACAGCACCGCCAGUGAGCCCGCAAGCACCAUGUCUCCUCCACCAGCCAAAAAACUGGCCCUUUCUGCCAAGAAGGCCAGCACCCUGCGGAGGGCAACCGGCAAUGACCUCCAUCCACCUGCCCUCUCACCAUCCUCCGACCUCACCUACCCCAGGAAAACCACUCACCCCGUCGUCGCCUCCACCUGGCCUGUCGGUACAAUCAGGGCCAUUUCACCUGCUCCCAGAUCAUCCAGCCAUCCGAAGCCCCCCCCCGGCCCCCGCUGCGCAUCAGUGUCCAGUAGCCCCCAGCCUCUCCGGACGUCAGACCCACCGAGCUGCUCCCCAACCUCUGCUCCCCUGCCUCAGGUCAACGGGGGCUUCCGGUCCCCUCCACACCAGCUGCCGGAGGCCAGCGAGGCCCCACACAGCCUCUGUAAGAAGAGGAAAAAGAGCCCCGUGGGAGAGACCCAGGGGCCGGGCUCAGUGACACGGGAAGCAGCAGCGGCCCCUCCGGGGAAGAGGAGGAGGAAGAAGAGGAAGCGCACGGAGGACGGGGACGCCUGCUCCCCGCAGGAGGGCAAGACGCAGCGGCAGCAUGGGGGCCCUGGGCACAGGCAGGAGGGCCGGGCAGAGCGGCCAGGGCACAGACUGGAGGAAGGAGGCCAGCAGCAGCUGAACGGCCAGCGCCUGGUGAACGGCUGGCGAGUGAGCUUCGUGACAGACGGCCACUGCGUGAGCACCCGGAAGAGGAGGAAGAAGGGGGCGGAGGGCCAAGGUAGCGAAGACCACCUCCACCAGGACCCACCUUGGCACAGGAGCUGCUCCCCGUCGGACACUGUCGAGCCAGAGACCCCGGCAGCAUCUCCCAGGAAGAAGAAGAGGAAGAACAGGAAGCAGGAGUCACGGCAGGAAGUGGAAGAGAACGAACACCCCACAGGCCCCAGGGGCGAGAGGCUGGGGGGCUCUGCUGUCCUUGGGAGCGGGCCCUCGCCCGCUGUGAACGGCCUGUGUCCCGGGGACCGCACAGGGCUGGGACACGCUCCUCUUGUGUCCUGGAAUAGAGAGAGAGAAUCCGAUGUGGUCCAGGAAUUGCUCAAAUAUUCAUCUGAUAAAGCUUACGGGAGAAAAGUUCUGCAAUGGGACGGCGGGGUGUCAGCCGUAAGCCAGGAUGCCAUCGAAGACAGCAGGCUGGCCCGUGCUGCCACAGUCAUUGAUGACUGGGACGAAGAGUUCGAUCGGGGGAAGGAAAAGAAAGUGAAAAAAUUAAAGAGAGAGAAGAAAAGAAACUUCAACGCCUUCCAGAGACUUCAGAGUAGACGGAACUUUUGGUCUGUGACUCAUCCAGCUAAGGCUGCCAGCCUCAGCUAUCGCCGCUGAAUUUGCUGCUGUCGAGAAAGCCUCCACCGAUGGGGCGUCACUUCCUGGGAGCUGUCCGUCUGGACUGAAGAGCAGCUUUGUGGACUCCGCUGGCCCUGUUACCUCCAGGCCUUGCACUGUGAGCCUGCCAUGGGAGGACGGCCCACAGAGGCUCUGGGCUUCUGUGGAUCAGGACCCCCGGCAACACAACAGGCACCGUGACAAACCACACAGUGCCGUGUAGAGCAGGUGGCAGCACACCAGCUGGGAAGGGCUGAGCGUACUGUGCUCCUGGACAGCGGCGUCUUGUCUGGCUGUGGGAGAGCGCGGGGGGCGGCGGCUGCGCCUCUCCCAGUGCGUCCUCCAGUGCCCUUAGGAUGACUGUGCACUGGGUACUCUUCUCGGCGAGCCAUCCACCGCCUGCUCCUGGCAGCUGACGCUGCCUUCUGGUCCUGCACCCUGCCCCUCUCUGUUCAUCUGGCGGGGGCCUGUCUGUACGCCUUACCUGUCCACCCCCAGAAAGUAAGAGCCCAAGGGCAGCCCCUCCCUCUUCUGGAACUGGGGGCGGCGCUACUAGUGCGUCUCUCCCUUGCCAGGAAGUCUGGGCCAUCUCUGAGAGCGAAAGGCUGCUUGGGGUGGGGGUCAGGGUUGAAAUGAGGUGUCAGCACAUUGCUCUUUAGGCUGCUAUUUAUUCUGAGGUGGCUUUGCCGCACCUUCCCUUGCAGCUGCAGUAACCCAUGGGUCUUUAUCGAGGUGGUGGUCUUGGGGUAGAAUCCUCCUUUUAUUUUACUACUUAAUAUAAAACGUUUAUUUUUUACCAGGCCUGUGGCUCCCAGUAGCAAUAUGUUUCCUUUCCCUAAUAUGCAAGUACUGGCUUCGUUGCUCAAUUUUGUGAGUGCUUUUGAAUUUAGAUGAUUUAAAACUCAAGAAGAUCACUUUUUUAUCUUGCUCAAGCUGUGCCUGCCAACUUGUAACUUAAUAAAUAUGGGAAAUCACCAGUUAAGGUGAUAUUUUCCAGAAAAAAGAAGAAUGACUCAGUUGUAGAAGGUAUGGAAGUGAACCUGAAAGUCGUUCCUCAGUGCAUGCCUCCGCUUCCUUCCCUCUUGGAAACAUCACGCCAGAGAUGGACUGGUGUCUGCCGUAGACCGUCCCGCAGACCCAGCCUUCGUGGCCUGAGGCGCCUGGCACUGCUUUGCCACUUUCUUCCUCACUGAGCUCUGCUGCUCGCUCUGCCACCUUGCUCUGGGGCCUGGGGUGAUCCUGGCAGUAUCGAGAAACGCGUUACGUUUUUACAUGGGGAGAUACGUUAACAUUUUCAUGUGGGUGGUUCUUUUCGGGUUUUCUUCCUGUUUUGAUACUUGUCUUUUAGAAAGGUGGGAGGAUAAUAGUGCCGGUGCCUGAGCUGGGCCUGCUCUGGUCCCGGCGGAAAGUGAAUGGGCGUCUGCGGACGCUGCUCUGGGAGCUUUUUGCUCUAUGCUCAGAGGACUGAUUUCUGCAUGUCACCCACCCCUUGUUCAAAGCUGAGGGGCCCACCCUUGCUCUGUGACUUUUCGUUUGUCAUCUUGGGAGGGAAGGCAGGUGCCUUUACAGGCAGGGUUUUUCCCUUUUGAGGUGUUGACAUUCAUUCCUGUACAAAUUAUUUCCCCAGCCACGUUUUUCUGUAGUGUUCUGUAGUUCAAAAAGAAAAUUUCAGUUGUCUGCUAGCACAGAAUUUACUUCCUUGAUUUCUUUCCCGCCUUUCCUCCAAAUCAGUCUUUUCCUUUCUCUGCUAUAUAAUCGUAAAACCUCAUCCUGAGCAAAAUAUGUCUGUCAUCUCUUGGGCGGUGACGAGCACUGGCCUGCCUUUCUGUGGCGUUUAUCACCGUAAAGUGAGGCGAGUCCUUCCCUCCCACAGAAAAUCAUCAGCCACAUUGGGAGGGGAAAGGAUGCGCCCAAAAAUUUAGUCCAAGGCCCAGGUCCCUUGUAUAUAUAAACGUAUAGAAAUAACUAAGGCUUUUAUAAUCGCAGUCACUCAGUUGACUUACAAUCUGGGUUUAAUUUAACUUUGAGUUUGGAGUGGAGCGGGAGGUGAGCAGGGGCCUUUGUGGGAGGGACCACCUCUCCUAGAUGGCCCUGUGCCACCUCACCUGCCAGUGUCGUGGUUGUGCAGCAACACCGAGUGUGCGUAGAGGUGCACGUCCCAAGCCUGUGCUUCCGCUCCAGGGGCCGAGGAGGCCCAGCUGUUGCCAAGAUGUUGGUGCAAUAAAAUAACAAGUUUUUGUGA